UUGCUUAGACUGUCUCUGUCUGUCUGCCAGGGUCUCCAGCUGCCCCAGACAGGCAGUGUGGUCUUGGGAUCCUCCUGGUGACCUUUCCAGCCUAGGUCCCCUCAGCCACUCUGCCCCAAGAUGGGUCGUGGGGCAGGGCGUGAGUACUCACCUGCCGCCACCACUGCGGAGAAUGGGGGUGGCAAGAAGAAACAGAAAGAGAAGGAGCUCGAUGAGCUGAAGAAGGAGGUUGCCAUGGAUGACCACAAGCUGUCUUUGGAUGAGUUGGGCCGAAAAUACCAAGUGGAUCUGUCUAAGGGCCUCACCAACCAGCGAGCUCAGGAUAUUCUGGCUAGAGACGGACCCAACGCCCUCACUCCACCCCCGACAACUCCUGAGUGGGUCAAGUUCUGUCGUCAGCUUUUUGGGGGCUUCUCUAUCCUGCUGUGGAUUGGGGCACUCCUCUGCUUCUUAGCCUACGGCAUCCUGGCCGCCAUGGAGGACGAACCAUCCAACGAUAAUUUAUAUCUAGGUAUCGUGCUAGCAGCCGUAGUUAUCGUCACCGGCUGCUUCUCCUACUACCAGGAAGCGAAGAGCUCCAAGAUCAUGGACUCCUUCAAGAACAUGGUGCCUCAGCAAGCUCUGGUCAUCCGAGAGGGAGAGAAGAUGCAGAUCAAUGCGGAGGAAGUCGUGGUGGGAGACUUGGUAGAAGUGAAGGGUGGAGACCGUGUCCCUGCUGACCUCCGGAUCAUCUCUUCCCACGGUUGCAAGGUGGAUAACUCAUCCUUAACAGGGGAGUCGGAGCCCCAGACCCGUUCCCCUGAGUUCACCCAUGAGAACCCUCUGGAGACCCGCAAUAUCUGUUUCUUCUCUACCAACUGUGUAGAAGGCACCGCCAGAGGCAUUGUAAUUGCCACAGGUGACCGGACAGUGAUGGGCCGCAUAGCCACUCUUGCCUCUGGCCUAGAGGUGGGGCAGACGCCCAUAGCCAUGGAGAUUGAGCAUUUCAUUCAGCUGAUCACAGGGGUGGCUGUGUUCCUGGGGGUCUCCUUCUUCGUUCUGUCCCUCAUCCUGGGCUACAGCUGGCUAGAGGCAGUCAUCUUCCUCAUCGGCAUCAUCGUAGCCAACGUGCCCGAAGGGCUUUUGGCCACCGUGACUGUGUGCCUGACGCUGACAGCCAAGCGCAUGGCUCGCAAGAACUGCCUGGUGAAGAACCUGGAGGCUGUGGAGACCCUGGGCUCCACGUCCACCAUCUGCUCAGACAAGACGGGCACCCUCACCCAGAACCGCAUGACAGUGGCUCACAUGUGGUUUGACAACCAGAUCCAUGAGGCUGACACCACUGAAGAUCAGUCUGGGGCCACUUUUGACAAACGGUCCCCUACGUGGACGGCCCUGUCUCGGAUUGCCGGUCUCUGCAAUCGUGCCGUCUUCAAGGCCGGACAGGAGAACAUCUCUGUGUCUAAGCGGGACACAGCUGGAGACGCCUCUGAGUCAGCUCUGCUCAAGUGCAUCGAGCUGUCCUGUGGCUCAGUGAGGAAGAUGAGGGACAGGAAUCCUAAGGUGGCAGAAAUCCCCUUCAACUCCACCAACAAAUACCAGCUAUCCAUCCACGAGAGGGAAGACAGCCCACAGAGCCAUGUGCUGGUGAUGAAAGGCGCCCCAGAGCGCAUCCUGGACCGCUGCUCCACCAUCCUGGUACAGGGCAAGGAGAUCCCUCUUGACAAGGAGAUGCAAGAUGCUUUUCAAAACGCCUACAUGGAGCUGGGAGGACUCGGAGAGCGAGUGCUGGGCUUCUGUCAGCUGAACCUGCCGUCGGGAAAGUUUCCUCGGGGCUUCAAAUUUGACACGGAUGAGCUGAACUUUCCCACAGAGAAGCUCUGCUUUGUGGGGCUCAUGUCUAUGAUUGAUCCCCCCAGAGCAGCCGUGCCAGAUGCGGUGGGCAAGUGUCGAAGCGCAGGCAUCAAGGUGAUCAUGGUGACUGGGGACCACCCUAUCACAGCCAAGGCCAUUGCCAAAGGUGUGGGCAUUAUAUCAGAGGGUAACGAAACUGUGGAGGACAUUGCGGCCAGGCUCAACAUUCCUGUGAGUCAAGUCAAUCCCAGAGAAGCCAAGGCAUGUGUAGUGCACGGCUCGGACCUGAAGGACAUGACGUCAGAGCAGCUGGAUGAGAUCCUCAGGGACCACACGGAGAUUGUGUUUGCCCGGACCUCCCCUCAGCAGAAGCUCAUCAUUGUGGAGGGGUGUCAGAGGCAGGGAGCCAUUGUAGCAGUGACUGGUGACGGGGUGAACGACUCCCCUGCGCUGAAGAAGGCUGACAUCGGCAUUGCCAUGGGCAUCUCUGGCUCUGAUGUCUCUAAGCAGGCGGCUGACAUGAUCCUUCUCGACGACAACUUUGCCUCCAUUGUGACAGGCGUGGAGGAGGGCCGCCUGAUCUUUGACAACUUGAAGAAGUCCAUCGCAUACACCCUGACCAGCAACAUCCCCGAGAUCACCCCCUUCCUGCUGUUCAUCAUUGCCAAUAUCCCCCUGCCCCUGGGCACUGUGACCAUCCUCUGCAUCGACCUCGGCACAGAUAUGGUCCCUGCCAUUUCACUAGCUUACGAAGCAGCUGAGAGCGACAUCAUGAAGAGGCAGCCCCGGAACUCCCAGACAGACAAGCUGGUGAACGAGAGGCUUAUCAGCAUGGCUUACGGACAGAUUGGCAUGAUCCAGGCUCUGGGCGGCUUCUUCACCUACUUUGUGAUACUGGCAGAGAACGGGUUUCUACCCUCUCGGCUGCUAGGGAUCCGGCUUGACUGGGAUGAUCGAACUACCAAUGACCUGGAGGACAGCUAUGGACAAGAGUGGACCUACGAGCAGCGGAAGGUGGUGGAGUUCACAUGCCACACGGCCUUCUUUGCCAGCAUCGUGGUUGUGCAGUGGGCCGACCUCAUCAUCUGCAAGACCCGUCGCAACUCCGUGUUCCAACAGGGCAUGAAGAACAAGAUCCUGAUUUUUGGGCUGCUAGAAGAGACAGCGUUAGCUGCCUUCCUGUCUUACUGCCCUGGUAUGGGGGUGGCCCUGCGAAUGUACCCACUCAAGGUCACGUGGUGGUUCUGCGCCUUUCCCUACAGUCUCCUCAUCUUCAUCUAUGACGAAGUCCGAAAGCUCAUCCUACGGCGGUAUCCUGGGGGCUGGGUGGAGAAGGAGACGUACUACUGAGCUCCACGGCAAAGGAAGAACGGGGGAGAUGGGGCGCUCCGGAGGGGUCGCUGGGGGUCGUGGUGAAGGGAAGGGCUGGGGAGACAGGAGGAGGCAACUGCGUGAACUAAGAUGGCAGGCUCGGGGUAAAUAAACUUGAGGAGACUGCUCCAGCUGCUCCACAGGUCCCGCUGUGAACCCUGGGACAGUUCAGUGUUGGGAUCAGCCUCUUCAGAUCUUCCCAUCCCACUCUGCUACAUUUCCUGAAAACCUAGGGGUCGCCCCAGCCCUCCCCGUGUCCUAGCCCUUCACCCUCACCUGGAUUAUUCAAACAGAUCAACACCCAAAGGUUGAUCCUGUCUAACCCUGGAGGAAAGUCUUUCAGACCACCAAGUGUCUGUGACCCCCAGCUUCAUUCCUCUUCCCAUUCUUGCCUCCCUUUCCUUCCUUUUCCUCCCUUCCCUCCCUUCCCUCCCUCCCUGAAUCCUUCCCCUGCUCCUCCCCCUCACUCCUUGAAAACACAAAAUUCUCCUUCUGUGAGUGCAAGAGCCUGGGGCCAGAAAAGGAAGCCCUCAGUUGGAGAGAUUAGCUCCGCCUCCCAGCCUAUUAGGUUUGUCUCCCAGCCGGGGCCAGUCAGGAACCAGAGGGGAGCUGGGCUGGCAAGGAGAGGUUGGGGUGCGCUGGCUGAAGGAGAAAGCAAAGAAAGAAAGAGUGGUGACCACAGGUUUGUCAUCUUCAGCCUCCAGGUAGGUGGGGUGGGCUCUGGCUCUGUGUCCUGCCUUUAGAGACUAGCACACCGGCAGACCACAUUCUCAUCUCGUCAGAGUAGCAGUAAGGGCAAGUCCAGGGGGUCACUGUGCUGCCCAGUGCCCCACUGACCCCUGGGUAAUGGUCCUCCCUGUCCGCAAGGCUCAGGUGUCACAGAAGAUCCAGCUAUCUCAACCACACAGUCUUGGAAACACCCCCCCUCUUUAGAACAGUAAGUUCUCUGGGCCUCAUGAUGUUCUGAGAGUCCUAUUAGCUGCCACUCUCCCCGUGCUCUCUCACUCCCUCCUGUUUCCUGCACACCUGCUGAACCUAUGUCAUUUCCGGUAUCGCCUAGCUAGUCCUGGAAAAGGAUCUCUUGGCCAUUGGCAGGAAUCAGUGUAGCAAAGUUCCCAGGACAUCCCCACCUUUCAAGAACAUGCAGAAUCAUCAUAGCCCAUGAGGCUGUCAGAAACUUUAGACACAAGAGAAAUUCUUAAGAGGCCUAUAUGCCUUUGACCUCUCAGAUGGCACGGCCGUUAUACCCAGGCAAGUGCCCACUUUGCUUGAGACAGGAAGCUGGCUUCAGGUUCCUAUGGAAUAGAGUUUUCUUUCCUUACUCCCUUCUCACCUAACAUUUUUGCUCUUCAGACAGCUGCCCAUUCCCUAAGCCUGGCCUAGAAACCAUAGCAUAGAGGCGCCUAGAUGAAUGAGCCAAGCAACUGAGAAAGAGCAAGGAAACUGGAAGGCUUGAGGUGAGACUAUGAAGGUCAAGACAAGCAUUAGGCCAAGGCCCAAGGGCUCCUGUCUCAUCACGGUGGAGUUUUGCUUUACCAUAAAUUCCCCGAAAUUUGUCAGUCAUGUGUGGCCUUCAGUUGGAAGUCUAAAUAGGACACCAUAUUUAUUUGGGCCUGAUUAGUUUGAGAUCAUUGACUUUGAACAAAAGUUUACCUUUGCACAAUCAAUAAAGUCAUUUGUUCGGUAAAUUAAAAGCAUAAACAAUAUUGCUAGGAGCGGCAUAUUUAGUCUCAAAGUAUGCUUUUCAAGCACUUUAGAAAUCUCCCUCUAGAAUCAGCAAGUGAACAGGCUAAUUAUUGUCAGUCCUGAUAUAUUUGUUAAAGGAACAUCUACAAGAUCCUUACUGGCGACCUCCUCCCGUGAGACAUUAGUUUGAGGCACUACAUAUAUGUACUUGAAAAUAAUUAAAGUUGCAUUUCUUUAUGAAAAAUUACAAGAGAAA